UCCAUAGUGGACUUAUAUGCGCACCAGCUCACUAACCCCCAUUUCUCCAUUUCUUUUCGUCAUCAUCUCCCUCUCUUCCACCCCUUAAUUUUUUUUUGUAGUUUCUUAAACUGGGUCGUCUCUGAAAAAUCAAACAUUUCUCUGCCUUUUCGGCCAUGGCUGUGGGACCUUCAAACACCGCUAUUUCUGUUCAUUGACUCACACUCGUUCCUCCAUUUCUCCAUUAAGAAAAAAGAAAAAGGGGGGUUUUGCAGUUUGCAGCCACGCAUUAUCAUCGUUGGCCGUUUUGGUUUUAGGGGGCCAUAAAGCUUUUUUUGCUUUUCCAUGUGCGAACUUGGUUCUGUUCAGUUCUGUUUUUAUUUUCUAAAAAAGAAAUUUAUUUAUUCCCCCCCUCCACUAAGGCAUUCGCCUUUCUAGUGUUUUCUUUUCUUUUCUUUCUUGUAUCGAAUAUAUGCUCAAACUUCAAGGCUUAGAGGAUUUCUGAGGAGAUUUUUGGUGCUUCCUAUCUUGUGGGUCUCUCUGUUUUUCUCUGCUUCUUUGACUGGACUCAUAUUUUGCUUCUCCUUGGAUCUAAUUCUUGAGGUCUUAAAGAGCUAUGUGAUUUGGACAGGGAAAAAGGUGAGUAGGCGGUGUUUCUCUUGAAUCUAGCCUGGUUGUGAAGUAGAAAGAUUUUUCAGUCAUUCAUGAUCCUUAAUUUACUGGAGAUAGGAUAUGGAACAAACAUCUGUUGAUGCUCGGAAAAAUCUACGAAGUAAAAUCGGUUCUUUCUGUGGUAGAAACAAAGACGAGGAGAAUUUAGAAAAUGGUGAUUUGGGUCUGUCAAAGUACUCAAUAUCAAGAGGGUUGAAUAAGAAGUUAAUGCUGCCUCAUGCAUUGUAUUUGAAGUUGAAGCAAAACCGAAUCAGUAGAAGCUAUGUGCAUGAUUCAUUUUUUAACUGUAACAUAGGGUUAGACUAUAAGGUUCCGAAGUAUAUGGUGACUAUAGAUGAGAAAUAUCUUCGACGAUGUUUGGAACUGAUUCAGACUAGUGCAUUGAAGGCUGCACGUUGUAACGAAUCUAUAAGCCUUAGCUCUGUGAAGACGGGUGCUUUGACUGAAAGCUUGAGUGUUGAUAAAUUGCAAACGAGAGGGAUGGCUCAUAUGGAAAGAUUCAUUAUCACGUGCCCUUCAGCAGGCGAGGAUAGCAAUACAGUCCUAAGCUCGAACAAAAUGUGGUUUGUUGGUUCAAUUAUGGGAAGCAAGAGCAUGAUCAACAUAUUGAAGAGUCCUUUAUUGCAUCAACUCGGUAUCACAGAAGAAACUUCAAACUUGAUAAGAAUGGACCUGAAUGAUAUCAAAGGCUUCACUGGCAGCAAUUUUAUGGAUUCUCCUGGUGAUGUGGAUAUAUCUUCAUUGAAGAAUCUAGACAACACAAAACCGGAAAGCCAUCAAGAUGGAUCUGAUGCAGCAAACGAGAGGUUUUUCUCCACACCCAGCAGAAAUUCUUUAUGUUCUGAUCAGUCUUCUUCGGGCUCAGCCUCCACAUCACUUUGUCAAGGUAUGCUUCAGUUUACAUGGAAGGAUGGAAGUCCUUAUUUCAUCUUCUCUGUAGACGAUGAGAAGGAAGUCUAUGUGGCUAGCUCAUCAAAGGUCACAUCGGCAGAUAAUAACGCUUUGGACUAUGUUUAUUUGUUCUGUUCUGCAAAGAGCGGUCUUAAGGAUCAUGAGGUUAGAAAUAGCAGACCCUGUAUUGUUGGCAAGAUGACGGUGUCAACUUCCUAUGGUGUCUGUUCGAAUAAUUCGAAAAUUGCAGAUACUGAAUUUGUGUUGUUUGGUGGUAUUGAAAAUUCUGACUUAGAGAUUAGUCCUUCAAACACUGUCCUCAAGAAGAAUAAGGUAUUUCCAAGGAAGGUGGCUGAAGUAUUUAGGACAAGUAACUCAUCUAAACAUAGAAACAUACCCAAUUUGAAUAGAUCUAGUGUCAUGAAGGAUUUUUGUCCUUGGGAACCAUACUCAGAUAAACUAAACAGCUCCGAUGACUUAAUUUGUGCUCGUGAUCUUCCUCCCAAUCUUGAAUUGGCUGCCAUUGUUGUGAGAGACCAUCUCCCAGAAGAUCAUGGCAGUAGAGUUGGAGGUUGGGGUUUAAAGUUUCUCAAACAGGCCAAGGCCAAACAAACAAACAAUUCACUGGAUACUUCAGUGCAGGCUGACUGUUGUGUACGAAACAGUGGAAAAUGUUCGACGAGCAUGGACAUUCUCAUCCCUGCUGGUCUCCAUGGCGGGCCUAGAACAAGGAAUGGAGGUCCUUCCACCCUCAAGGAGCGGUGGAAAUCGGGUGGAGUAUGUGAUUGUGGUGGUUGGGACAUAGGAUGUCCUCUAACAAUACUUGAAGGCCAAUCGGUCAACGAUGAUACUUUACGCCAAGCAGACACGCAAGAGUGCAGGGCAUUUAACAUACAUGCUAAGGGUUAUGAGAAUAGUCCUCCAACAUUGAGGAUGGUGAACAUCCGCGACGGCUUGUACUUUGUUCAUUUUCAACCAAAACUAUCUUCUCUGCAAUGUUUCUCGAUUGCAGUGGCGAUUGUCCAUUCAAGAAGUCCCAGUCUCAAGCCUCGAAAUGUACAGGAGUUAAAAUAGCUAGCAGGAUCAAGGAAAGUAAGUUUAAUGUAAUAGUUGACCUUUUUUUUACUCUUCAUAGCAUAAAGCAUUAGGCAAGUUUGAGCAUUUACACAUGAAAAUUAGAAGUUUAUAACUGAAUUGUAAUAUUGUUUAAACAAAGAAAAAAAAAAACCUCCACAGCUUGUUCCAUUUUUGACCCUUACAACCUUUUCAUCUCUACGAAGCCCAGAAAACAUAAAUAGAGAAAUAAUUCAGUGCAGUUGAUGCAAUUUGAUUUAAUGUUAAUUUUUCUUCAUCUGAAAA